AUAUGUACAUAUACUGUUAAGCCAAGAUCCCUAACUACACUCACCUGAGGUCUUCCUGAAGAUAUAACAGGUGCCUCAUCUUGCUCUGAAAAUCAUUGCAAUGACUUUACUACCUGGGCUGCUUUCCUUAGCUUCCAUCCUGCUCCUAUUUUGUGGUGAUGCAAAGAGUGUAGACUUUGAAUCUUUAUCAACUGAAGAUGAAAAAAACCAACAGGAAAUAGUAGACAAGCACAAUGCCCUGAGAGCACAAGCCUCCCCACCUGCCUCCAAUAUGCUAAAGAUGGAAUGGUUCCAAGAAGCACAAAAAACAGCUCAGAUCUGGGCAGAUACAUGUUCUUUUGAACAUAGUCAAAGAAAUAACAGAACAAUUGGGUCCGUGUGUGGUGAAAAUCUCUACAUGUCAACUGCUCCCACGACAUGGUCAAAUGUUGUCCAAUCAUGGUAUGAUGAGGUUUCAGAUUUUAAGUUUGGAAGAGGAUCCACUUCAGGUAAAGCAGUUGGACAUUAUACUCAGGUGAUGUGGCAUAAUUCUCAUCAAGUUGCAUGUGGAGUUGCUAAGUGUCCUAACAGUUUUUUCAAGUACUUUUUUGUUUGCCAUUACUGCCCUGCUGGAAAUGUUCUUCCUAAACAAAAUUUCCCUUAUGAAAUAGGGACACCAUGUGCCAAGUGCCCAAAUUCCUGUAGCAACAAUUUGUGCAACCAUUCAUGUGAAUACAAAGAUAUGUAUGGGAACUGCGAUGAGUUGAUAAAACAGGCUAGCUGUCAACAUCCAAUGGUCCACCUAUAUUGUAAGGCUUCCUGUCAGUGCACCAACAAAAUCUAUUAAACUUCUCAUUGGAAAUGUGCCUCCAUCAAUAGGAAUAAUUUUAACAUAAUAUCACCACUAAUGAUUUUUUUUAAUUACAAAAUAUUUGCUGUAAAUCUAAAACACACUCUUUUUAAAUUAGUUUCAGAAAUUAAUAUAUCAUUUGAUCCUGUACAUUAGUUUUUUUGGGCAAAUCAUCUAGGGUUUGCAUAUAUCCAAUAAAAUGAUGUUUUAAAUUGCCUCAUAAAAAUAUUAAAGAACAAUUUUUGUUGCCCAGCUUUAAAAACUAUGAAAAUUCUUUUAAUUUUUUUUGUAAUGAUGUUCUUUGUAAAAAAAACAAUGGAUUGGAAAUAUAUGUGCAAUUCAGCAAUAUGCAUCACUCUUAAGUUCCUGAGAUCACAAUCACUCUGGUCCUGACUAAUGAAAGCUCUAUUUUCAAAGAAGAAAAUCAAAAAGAGUUUAUCAGUUUCUAAUGCAAGUUGCUCCUCUCCGGGAUGAAGAAUUAAUUCUAAUGCAUAUUCCCUACUUUGUCAUUAUGAUCUUUUCUGUAACUAUACUAAUAUCAAUCAACUUUUAGAAUAAAGGAUUUGCAAUCAC